CUCGCAUAUCUCUCAGCUUGCCCUAUCCACAAGUGACCAGGGCGCUAUUGAUCACGUCGAGCCCUCUUCAACUGGGGUACAAACCUUCCAAAGGGCCCUGUCCGAUUCUUAUGAAAGCCUUUCUGGACGAUGAGAUACCUUCAGCAGAAUCGGUAGCCAAAAGCGCAUACAGACUGUAUAGCGCAUAUUGACUUGAGCUUGUCUCACCAACGCCAUGGGCAAGUUGAUCAAGAAUCACUGGGCUCGGCUUAUUGUCCUGACGGCUGCUAUCUACCACAUAGCAGCCGCUCUUGAAGGCUUCUUCUGGCCCAAAUUCUUCUUCGACUGGCUCACAAAGAACUUCGACGCUGCAGUGAAGCCCGUCCCAAUCCUUCAGAUCAUAAAUCUCGUUGUCGGAAUCAUUACCCUCAUAUACGAAUGGCCUGUCAAGUUUGUGGCCGGCUCGCCGAUACACCGAAGCCUCGAGGUCCGCUUGAUGUGGUUGCCGUUUGCAAGCAUGUCGGCAAUCUUGAUGUACCAGUCCACAAAUCCGGCACUGUACUAUUUUGUCGCGACUAUUGUGUAUUUCUGGGCAUAUAGUGAGGGAGAGGUCAUCUGUGCUGUGCCCUGGACGUUGCCGAGGCGAAGCGACAGGACAAGACUUGAGAAAGCAUGAUUACGACUCAUGAUACCAGAAUCGCAUUGCAUUGCAUCGCAUGUGCGUGGGCGGCGUGGGCGUUGGGCAAUGGGAAUUGCAUGGUUUCGCGGCCUUGACGGGUGGACGGCACCUUCAUUGUAAAUACUGCAUGAUAGAACAGCAAACACGUCGAGCUU